AUGACUCCGCAGCCUGUGCAUCGUCUUCAUUCUCUCGAUCAUAAAGCGGAUGAGAGCUCUGAAGAAUGGAAAACUUCGACAAAGCUCGAAGCUCUCGGAACUAUGGAGGGAGAGUUAGCUCACUUGCUUUCAACUUGCAAACCUGAUAAACUUGCUCACAACAAAACUGAGCUAUCUGGAUUCCGUAACCUGUUCGCCCGUUUCCUUCGUGCUAAACCAACUGUCGACUGGUCUAAGAUUGAGCCAUUGCCAGAAGGGGCUAUUCGUUCCUACAAAAGCCUUGGAACUGUCUCUGAAAAAGAGUUGAUUGCUGCUCAACUUCGUAAGCUAGUUGUAGUGAAGCUCAAUGGAGGACUUGGAACUUCGAUGGGAUGCAAGGGACCGAAAUCCGUCAUUUCUGUCCGUAAUGAUUUGACAUUCCUCGAUCUGACCAUGCAACAGAUCCAGACUUUGAACAAAACUUACGGAGUUGAUGUUCCACUUGUUCUCAUGAACUCGUUCAACACAAACGAAGACACCCAGAAAGUUCUCAAGAAGUAUGCCAACGUGAAGGUAUCCGUUCACACAUUCUCUCAGUCACAAUACCCACGCAUCAAUCGUGAAACUCUUCUUCCAAUUGUCAAAUCAUUGGAAGCAGACGACAAUGAGUGCUGGUACCCACCUGGCCACGGAAACUUCUAUGAAGCAUUCCACAACUCGGGAUUGCUCGACAAGUUCAUUGCUGAUGGCAAAGAGUAUUGCUUCUUGUCGAACAUCGACAACAUGGGAGCCACCGUUGACCUUUCCAUUCUCAACUUUGUUCUCAACCCACCAUCCGAUCAUGAGGCUCCAGAAUUUUUGAUGGAAGUCACUGAUAAGACACGGGCUGAUGUUAAGGGUGGAACACUCAUUCAAUAUGAAGGACGCCUUAUGCUUCUUGAGAUUGCUCAGGUGCCAAAAGACUAUGUUGAUGAGUUCAAGUCGAUCAGCAAGUUCCGCAUCUUCAAUACCAACAACUUGUGGGCCAAACUUGGUGCCAUGAAGAGAAUAGUGACUGAGAACAAGCUCGAAAUGGAAGUCAUUGUCAAUCCAAAACACCUUGAUCGCGGUCUUGACGUCAUUCAGCUUGAAACUGCUGCUGGGGCAGCCAUCAAGUCAUUCCGUGGAGCUGUUGGAGUCAAUGUGCCACGUUCCCGUUUCUUGCCUGUCAAAAAGACCUCCGAUCUUCUGCUUUUGAUGUCGAAUCUGUACGAUAUUGAUAAUGGUUCACUGACACUCUCUCACCAGAGAUCUUUCCCAACUACUCCAUUAGUGAAAUUGGGAUCAUCCUUCGAUAAAGUCAAGGACUACUUGGGUCGCUUCAAUGGAAUCCCAGAUUUGCUCGAGUUGGAUCACUUAACUGUGUCUGGAGACGUCUGGUUCGGUAAAGACGUGUCGUUGAAAGGCACUGUCAUCAUCAUUGCUAAUCAUGGAGAUCGUAUCGAUAUUCCACCGGGAUCAAUUCUGGAAAACAAGAUUGUCUCUGGAAACUUGCGUAUUCUGGAGCAUUAG